AAUUCCCCUCGGAGCGAAGGCAGGGACUUUACCCUUCCUUUUAUUUUAGCAUAUAAACGCCAGAACCUGUCAUUCGAACGCAGUUGAAAGAAACUUUUCUUACGUUGCGAACCCUACUAUUAGCUAAAAUGCAGUAUUCCAUAUUUGUUGUUAUAGCAGCUUUGAUGAGCGUGGCUUUAGCUCAAGUGUGGCUCCUACCUGACGGAAGGGAUAAGGACCUAUAUAGCAAUGUCUGGGGCAGGGCACUCCGAAACAGCAAUGGCGUUACAUGGAACAAACCAGUGGGUAACGGCAAUGUCUUCGGCACUUUGGGCAGCAGCGACCAGGGGCUAUUUGGCAAGGCAGGUUACCAAGGCACCAUCUUCAACGACGCCCGGGGCAAGAUGGACGGGCAGGCGUACGGUACCCGAGUGCUGGGCCCAGCUGGGGACACAAGCCACUUCGGGGGCAAGCUGGACUGGGCCAAUGACAACGCCAAAGCCUCAGUGGACAUCAGCAAACAGAUUCAUGGAAAAACCACAGUGGAAGCGAGCGGCUCAGGAGUAUGGAAGGUAGAUAAGAACACGCAGGUGUCAGCUGGAGGCUCCUUAAGCGGCGGCAACGGCAAGCCUGACGUUACUGUCAACGCGCAGAUAGAAAGCAAAUUUUAAAGCCACGCCAAGUCUUGGCCGACGGAGCUGUGUCGCACACUGUCGGCAAGCCAAACAUCAUCGUAAACGCGAACAUUUUAGAACAAUGUCGACGUCAUAGUCAAAACGAAAGUUUCAGCUGACGGCGCCGCGCCGUGUCGUAUGUAAGUACAGUCAACCAAUUUGAUUCCUAGGCCACUAAAGAACCAUGUCAUAAUGAAUUAAUUAGUUUAUCUUCUACGACAGUUAUUAUUCAGCGAUGUGUGUAAUGUAUCUAGUAGUUACAGCUACAAGGUUCUAUAGUGGCAUAGAAAUCAAUUUAGUUGACUGUAGGUAAAUUGUCAGUCAGCUUUCGCCUGACGUGUCACACGCAAGCC